UCGACAGUAAGAGUGGUGUGUUGAAUCGUGCUGCCUGGUCUCGUUCUGUAGUGACACUUACUUCAAAGCGAAUGACAGCUGAUAUUUGUACCUGCAAUAGUGAUAAUAAGAGUUGUCAACACCUGUCAGCCAACUUUGGAUACCGUCUGAAUUGUUCAGAAGAACAUUUGUACACAUCUGGGAUUGGUCUUGUGUGUGGGCGGAGAGCGCGUGUGUGGUCGAGUUCCCAACACCUGGGCGCGCCAACCCAUCUCGGUGCCACCUGCAGGCGCACCACGCUCCUCUCCAGUGCAACGUAGUCCCGUUUCACAUCAACAUGAAGUCGUCCAGCUGGAACAAGCCUUGUCCUCGCAGUGUGAGUGGCGCGAGGUCAGCCGCACCCAGGGUCAGGCCUAGUAGGGGUCACCCGGAGGUCAGGCAGGAACGUCAGGAGAUCCGUGAGUACCUGGACAAACUCCGUCAUCUGGUUCCUGCGUGUCCUAAGGAUGGCAAGUUGUCUCGCCUCGCGGUCAUCCAGCACGUAAUCGAUUAUAUCGUGGAGCUGCAAGAUGCCUUGGUCCACCACCCUGUCAACGCCUUGGUUCAUCACCCUGUCAACACCCUUAUGCAUCACCCUGUCAACUCCCUCCUCGCCGCCAACGAGGAACUCGCGGCGACGCUCACCAACCCCCUGUUCGCCAAACAGCAGCUCAGCUCCAACAAAAGCGUGAACUCCUCCUCUGCAAUCACGUCUUCGACCACAAAAAACAACAGCAACAACAACAGCAGCUGCAACGAUUCCAUCAAGAAGAACAGCAGCAGUUGUCGAAGACCUCUUGGUGUGUUGUCGUCGCUAAAGAACCAUAGAAAUCAAUGAGUAGAAAGGUAAUAAUAAUUUAGAAUAGAUAAAGGCGCUCCCUGAACUCCGUAUUCCAAUGAACCAAAGAGCCAGUGAUAGAAGUGGAGUGUUCGAAGGUUAACGUGAGUGUGUAUGAACAUAUGGCGGCGGGGGAGCGAAGCCCGGGUCACCACCUCGACGACCAAAACGGCGGAGGGCACGCGGCGAGCCCGACACGACGCCCCUGACCCGACCCGUCUGACGGCUUGUAGGUUCCUCCAUAUCGGUAACAAGUCCAACCUCCUCCCAGUAUACCCGGAAACAGCAGACCGACGAUCUCCCGAACUUGAACCAUUGCCUCUACAGCAGUACCAUCUCUCGCAUUUUUACACAGCAAUGACACACAAAGAUAGUUGGCACCCCGGGCGAGUGUGACACCACCUGCUGUGGCCACUUCUGUGUCAUGCGAGUGAAAACUGCUUUGGUGAAACUACGCAAGUCAUACUAUCGGACAUGCACCACUUGCUAAUAUCUCGUCUAGCGGCGAGAUCCGAACUUUUGACUGAUUCAUCCCGAAGUCACGCCGGAUCACGACGCACAGCUGAAGCGCUUGACGAACCCCGAUUUCCUGUGUCAACCGGAAGCCCUCCCCGCUCACUUCCUCAUCUGCUUAGUCUUUACUGGUUGUUAUCUGACAUCAUCUCACACCUGCGCGGCUGCCUGCAUGACGUACUCAAUGAGGCAUUUAUUGCAAUCUGUAGAAAGAGAUGAUCUUUAACAGCUAUAAGAUCAUGGCUAACAUCUGUCAGUUAGUCAUCAUGGCAGGGCACCCGCGGCAGCUGUGACGUGCCUCGAGUGCGAGACCCGCGCGCGCCACGAGCUUUUCAGCUGACGGCGGCGCGGCGGAGCGACGAGGGAACGAGGACCACCAGUGAUACUUGUGCCCAAGACGGCAGUCCUGUUCCAGUCUGGGGCUGUAGGAACUACCACCAUCUGCAGCCGAGGCCGAGACUGUUUAUCAGAACAAGAACAGUCUUCGACAGCUGUACAAAAGAUAUUGUCGACAGCUGUAGACGGCUUUUCAAGAGCAGAUGUAACGCAGCAGCGGCGAGAGGAGUGGCAGCUGGGAUGGAGUCGUCAGCGCGGAUGUUCCUCGCGCCAACGUUUGCCAGAAGGCCGCGAAGCCAAGCCAAGAACCUGCAAUGACGAGCAGAAUGCCUCGGACUCCCCACCAGCCAGCCGCCCAGCCGGGUCGCCCUUAAAGCCGAGGUUUACCUUCACCCGCUCAGCUGCCAUUCACCCGCCCGCUCAGCGUCUCCGGCCGCUCCUCAGCGCCCACCCCUCCACCUCACCUCCUCACCCGCCCCGCCCCUUCAAAGGCGACCCGCACAUCUUUCGGCUUUUUACAUUAUCUCAGCAAAUCUCUAGGUCGCAAAUAAUCAGACUGUAAUGACCGUUAAUUCGGAGAGCCGUACCGUACACCUGAGGACAUAAUGCCAUUGAUCACUGUUGCCAGCCGCACGUGGUCUUCGCACCUGGGCCAAGAACCCACAACUUCCCUCCCUUUUUUCACUGUUGCCAACUAUUCGCCAAGACGCUACUAUUUUUUCCCUUAUUUCACGUACAAGUUUUAUCAUGAAAUUAUUUCCACCUUUAUGCACACUGAAUCUGAUUUUAAAAGAAAUAUUAUAAUUCAUAAAAAAAAAACUUUGUCCAAAAAAUAUAGAGUUGUGCGUUACAGGAGACAAUUCUAAGUAAUGACACGAAUUUGAACCCGAAUCCGACGCGAGAGACAACAGCUUGCCUAUUCCCAUGUGUUGAAUCAUUGACUAACAAAAACCGUUAAGUAGUGUACGGGGCGACAUCUGUCCAAUAAUCGGCGCGAUCAAUUAUUAAAUAUCUGGCCCAGCUGCUGCUUACCGCGGCCGAACGUAAGUCCGCGGUCCUUGUAGGUCAGUUGUUCCGGGGUUACGAUGGUUGCCGAUUUCGCUCCUCAUGCCGGAUCACAACUGUGUCACGCAAGGGAAAAUACGCUAUUCUUCUAACCAAACGUUAUAUUCAAAGAUUUAAAAAAUACAAAGUACAAAAAAAAAGGAAAGUUAUAUAUCUCAACGUAUGAACUUCGAAAUAAAGCGUAAAGACGGUUGAGGGAAACGGCGAGGGUUGGAGGCGAGAGCAGCCAUAGGAUGUCCGGGUGUGUGGGUGCCGCCUCGCACACGUGCAGGGAGGGAGAGUGUUGCUGCAGCUGUUUUGUCUGUCUGUCUGUGUCUCGCUGCCCUCUUCCCGCAUCCCCCCUCUCGUUCCCUACUCCCGUCACCCAGCUGUUUCGCCUCCUGUUUUUCUUUACGUGGAAGAUGGUGUAAUUAGCAUUGCUAACAUAAAUAACAGCCAAGAAUCUAACUUCCCUUGAAUAGAAACUCACAAGAAAUACGGCUACGCUGAAGUUGCCAUUUCCCAUAUCUGUUUUUAUUUAACACGUUUUUGGACAAGAGCUAACUAAAGGGUUAAGACAAAUACAAGGCAGUGAGGUGUAGGCCGGAUUUUGGGUCGGUUUCGCGUCUCAUUUGUGUCAAUGUUAAUUUUGUUCCUGGGUUACCGGCAGCGCACACGGGUUGCCACACAGGUCUCUUUCGGGCGAUUUUAUCCCUCUCGCGCGCUUGUGAUACAGCGCAGCCAAUAACUUUAAUUCACAAGCUCAUGAAUAUUCAGUUUAACCAUAAUCAUGGUAAUUACAACAACACAUGGCGACGCUAAAGGUUUUCUCGACUGUAUUGGGAUGAGUUGGCAAUAGACGUUGAGGUUGUGGUCAUAGGUGUAACCCCGCGGCACAAUGGUAUACUACCUUCACAUGCUCAUAAUCUUUCUGUUAUUGUAAGGCCCCCUCUCCCCUUUUAAAGAUGUAUUCCUCGCAGAUUCUAUUUUCUUUCUCAAAAUACUGUAGGGAGGUUUUGUAUUUGUCAAAACAGUUACGAUUUUUGUAUGUGUGUGUUUACCCAUGUGCGCGUGUGUUUGUACAUGUGUGCGUCUGUGUAUGGGCUUCUCUCCGGAGGAAGCAAAGUCAAAAGAUCGGCGAGUCUGUGAUGACGAAGACAAUUCAGAAGAAAACGAACCUCCUUUAGUUGUUAUUGUCCAAGUUACCUGGUGAGGUCAAGUUACGUCGUGUGAUAAAGCGUCUCUGUUUUUUAUUCUUGUAUUCCGAGCAAAUGAUUUAAGAGUCUUUUUUUUUUUUUAUCAUCAGGAGGUAGUAUAGCUUUAUGUGUGAAAGAGUUUGUGAAUUUGUGCCAUGACUUUUGAAAAUUAUUGAGAUUUAGCACUAGAUUAUCCUGUGGUAUUAAAGAAGAGACUGUUUCCUUUUUAUAAUUCUGAAACAUGGUUAUGUCAGCGAUGUCACAAUUAUGUAAACUAUGUAUAUAUUGUAUAUAUACUCACUGUAUAGAAUUAUAGUAUAGUGGUGUAAAAUAAUGUCAAAUAAAAUAUUUUCUUUCUUAUAA